UCUUGCACAAAGCGACGGCCGUUCUGACGGCUCGCGAAUCAUUAUAUCUAGGGCUGGAUGGUGAACAGGAAUUCGAGUGACUGACUCUGGACCUCGAGAAACCCCAUGCUUGUGAUAUUACGAUCCAUCGAGGAACAAGAUCAUCACUCGUGGCCAGCAAUAUGAUGCCAAAGUAUCGAGCGACCCGGAUUCGACUCGACUUUGCCAAAUUUAACGACAGGCAACCCCACGAGUUCUUUGAGUUGGAGUUCUCCCUCUUGUACGCUGCCAUCCAUGACCUUGUGCGAGUCGCCUUUGGCACCGGGUCCCUGAAGUACGCGACGUCGCCGUGGAGGGACAGACUCAGCAACACCUUCUGUCGCCACGUCGAGGCAAUCGCCCGCCCCGACAUACACGGCACGGAUUGGGACUCGCUGCUGCUUCAUGGCGAAGAGCGUACGUACUUGCUUCAAGGCGUCAUAGGACGCACUCUAGAUGACCUUGUCUUCUCGCGUCAGCUUUUCGGGAGCUCCGCAGAGCACCAGGCCCAACUUCAGGCUGAAGAUGCAGCAUAUCUACAUGUGGAAGGAUUCCUACGAUGCGCGAAUCGCGUCGGUCGCAACCUGUCAUAUCUGCGCGGAGCGGGGUCUUUGGAGCCGCCGCAUUUCUGGACGCAAGUCAAUGAAACAGCACACAUAAUUAUGCGCAUGAUGAUGCCAGUGCAUAGGAUUGUCUGCGGCCGCCUCCGAAACCCCGACGAGUCAAGAUCGGGACUCUAUCAGAGGCUCCACGACGUCGUCGCGCAUGCGGCCUGGCUAAGCGUGGGCUUGCAGCUGUCCACAUGCAUCACCCAGAUCGGUUGGCUCCGUCCGGGCGACACUUCCGUGUUCGGGCAGGUCAACGUCUCGGACGACAUCUAUGGCCGGGCUCGGCAAGAGGCGUGGAAGCUCAGCGCGACACUGGGGCGAGGCUACGAUCUGCCGCACGUCGCGCGCGUCAAGAUAUCCGUGGUGCCGCAAAUCACACGCUACGAGCCGAUGGCCGGCUCCGAGGAUCGCAGCGCGGGGCUGGUGUCGUACGCGGUGACCCGGGCGCACGUGGCGUACUACCAGGCCUGGGCCCGCGACGACAAGGACAGGGAGAGCCUGGUGUCGCUGUCGGAGCAUCUUGGUGGCCCCAGACCAAGCGGGCGCUCGCGAGAUGCAAAGGGACGGACCAAGGCGAGGAGACGUGGACGGCCUUCGACCAGCACCAUCUCCAAGGCUGUCCGGUUGGGGUCGCCGCUGGUGGCAGUCUGGGCGGCGUGGCACUAUAGCACGGCUCUUUCGGACGAUCAUGUGCGCCAUCACCUGAUGGGCUUUGUCAACGAGGUCAUUUCGAGCAUCGCAUGAAUGCAAAUAUUUAAUAAGAGAAGCGUUGAGAAGCGCUGCUAAUGCCGCUAAAGUAGCUACGCCAUCCCCAUAUGGUGAUACGAAGUAUAUCGUUUGACAAAAGAGGCAUAGGCGCAUAGCUGAU